AUGCAGAUCUUUGUGAAGACCCUGACUGGCAAGACCAUCACCCUCGAGGUCGAACCCAGUGACACCACUGAGAGUAUCAAAACCAAAAUCCAAGACCGGGAGGGCAUCCCGCCUGACCAGCAGCGCCUGAUUUUUGCCGGCAAACAGCUGGAGAAUGGCCGCACUCUCUCAGACUACAACGUUCAGAAAGAGGCCACCCUGCACUUGGUGCCUCGUCUGCGUGGGGGCGUCAUGGAGCCCUCCCUCGGCCAGCUCGGGGCUGUCUGCACCCCCCCGCGCUGCCAACUGCUGCAGGAAGUUUAG